CUCAGUCCUCCACAUGAGAAGGCCCUGGGGUUGUGUUCCACUUUACUCUGAUUCUUCCUGACUCCUGAGCACCCCAGGGUCCCUGCACAGGGCUCCUCUCCUGUCUGAUGGCUCUGCUGGUCUCACUUCCUGGAGGGAAUCAGGCCAUGGCUUGGAUCCUGCUUCUGCUGAUGUCAGCUGCUUGUCUGCAAGCUGGUAACUCUGCAGGAUCUAACAGAGUAAAUGCCUUUGGGGUCAACCAACCAGCAAAACUCUCUGGUGUCCAGGGCGGCUCCAUCGAGAUCCCCUUUUCCUUCUACUUCCCCUGGGAGUUGGCAGAGGAUCCACAGAUGAGGAUUCUCUGGAGAUGGGAGCAAUUCCAUGGGAAAUUUAUCUACAACUCCACCCCACCUUUCAUAUAUAAGCAUUUCAAGAGCAGGCUCAUCCUGAACUGGACACAGCCUCAGACAUUUGGAGUCCUCAGAAUCCUGAACUUGAAGAAAAAGGACCAGACAAAAUACUUCUGCCACGUUAGUCUGAACACGAGAUAUGGUAUGGAGGUGUGGCUGUCAAUUGAAGAGACCCACCUCACCAUCACUCCUAGUGAGCACAUCCCAGGUCAGGCCCUGGUGACCCUGGCUUCCUUGUACCACAGAUGUCAUUAG